CUUAUCCAACAUUAAGUGGGCUAGGUUACAUAUACAUGAAUUACAUGUUUGUCCUGUGAUCACCAGUACCACCAACCAGCUCUCUCAUGACAACCCACAGGAAAUUCCUAAUUGUUUGCUAUACAGGGCAAGGCCAUAUCAGCCCAGCCCUCCAGUUUGCCACCCGCCUCGUCAAACUGGGAGUGAAUGAUGUCACCCUUUGCGCCAAUGUCUCUUCCAUUCGACGAAUUGACAAAGAAACCACUCCUCAUGGCAUAACAUUCGCUCCAUUCUCUGAUGGUCAUGACGAUGGAGUUCAACCAACAACCACCCUGGAGCAGUUUGUUUCAGAUCAUGAAACAAACGGCGUUUCUGCUGUUGCGGAACUCAUAAGCUCCGCGAAAGCUGCAGGCAAACCAUUUGAACAUUUAGUCUUCACCACUGCAGUACCGUGGGCAGCACGUGUGGCAAAUGCCCAUGGUACCAAGUCAACUCUCUUGUGGUGCCAGUCAGCCACUAUCUUAGAUAUAUACUACUACUAUGCUAAUGGAUAUCAAAAUUUGAUAUCUAGAAAUAACGACAACCCAAAGUUCCCCAUCAUUUUACCUGGGUUGCCAUCACUCACGAUUGAUGACUUAUCGUCGUUUAUGAUGUCGUCUUGCCCAACGGAACAUAAUUUCAUUCUACCGGGUAUGUUAGAUCAUAUCCAUGUACUUGAAAUAUCUCCAAAAGUACUUGUGAACACUUUUGAUGAACUAGAAUAUGAGUCCAUACGAGCAACUAAGAAACUCGAGUUAAUUCCUAUUGGACCCUUAGUCUCACUAGAAUUUUUAGAAGGUAAGGACUUGGACAAUUACUCAGAUAGACCAAAGGAUGAUUACAUCCAAUGGUUAAACACAAAAGCUGAAUCGUCGGUUGUGUAUGUUUCAUUUGGGACAGUAGCGAUUUUCUCAAUGGAGCAGUUAGAAGAGGUUGCAAAUGGAUUGUUGGAGAGUGGCAAGUCAUUUUUAUGGGUGAUAAGAGAUGGUGAAAAAGCAAAAAGAUUGAGCAAGUUAGAGGAAUUGGAAAAACUUGGGAUGAUAGUGGGUUGGUGUGCUCAAAUGGUGGUGCUGCGUCACAAAUCAAUCGGAUGUUUUGUAACACACGGUGGGUGGAACUCUGCGUUGGAGUCAUUAGUGGCAGCUGUUCCUACAGUGGUGUAUCCACAAUGGUCUGAUCAGCCAAAUGAUGCAAAGAUGAUUCAAGAUGUGUGGAAAACCGGAGUUAGGGUGAAGACGAGGGAGGGGGAUGGAAUGUUGGAAGCGAAGGAGAUUCAGAGGUGCGUGGACAUGGUGAUGGGAAAUGAGAACAUGAAGAGAAAUGCAGAGAAAUGGAGCGCAUUGGCAAGAGAAGCUCAGAGAGAUGGUGGAUCAUCCACUGUCAACCUUCAAGCUUUCUUGGAAAAUGCUUGAAACUAGUUCAAUAAUGUUUCAAAAUGUUUGCUAUGAUGUGAACUCGUUAUAGACUUAUAUGUCUAUAGUUAUAUAUAUGUUGUCUACUCGUGUAUUUAUAUAAUUAUAAUCUGUAUAUGGCCAAGACACCCACUAUCCUGGAGUUUCGGUAAUGACUGUCCUUAUUUCAAUCUUCAUAAAGUAUUCUGGUAAUA